AGUUUGCAAAAGCCAGAGGUGCAAGAAACAGCGACUGCAGCCACAGCAGCAGCACCGGCAGCAGCACCAGCACCAGCAGCAGCAGAGGAAGGAAGCGUCAGCAGGGGCAGCAUCAGCAGCAGCAACAAAAAAAAAAAAAAAAAGAAGAAGAAGAAGAAGAAGAAGAAUCCUCAUCGAAUCCUCACCUAGGCUUUCAGUGUAUCCAGCUCCACAUCUUCCCUCGAGCCGGGAGAGGGAAAGAGGAAAGGGGGGGGAGGAAAAAAAAAAAAAAAAAAAACCAACAACUUAGCGGAAACUUCUCAGAGAAUGCUCCAAAACUCAGCAGUGCUUCUGGUGCUGGUGAUCAGUGCUUCUGCAACCCAUGAGGCGGAGCAGAAUGAUUCUGUGAGCCCCAGGAAACCCCGGGUGGCAGCUCAGAACUCAGCUGAAGUGGUUCGCUGCCUCAACAGUGCUCUGCAGGUUGGCUGUGGGGCUUUUGCAUGCCUGGAAAACUCCACCUGUGACACAGAUGGGAUGUAUGACAUCUGUAAAUCCUUCUUGUACAGCGCUGCUAAAUUUGACACUCAGGGAAAAGCAUUUGUCAAGGAGAGCUUGAAGUGCAUCGCCAACGGGGUCACCGCCAAGGUCUUCCUCGCCAUCCGGAGGUGCUCCACUUUCCAGAGGAUGAUUGCUGAGGUGCAGGAGGAGUGCUACAGCAAGCUGAACGUGUGCAGCAUCGCCAAGCGGAACCCUGAAGCCAUCACAGAAGUCGUGCAGCUCCCCAACCACUUCUCCAACAGAUACUAUAACAGACUUGUCCGAAGCCUACUGGAAUGUGACGGGGACACUGUUAGCACAAUCAGAGACAGCCUGAUGGAGAAAAUUGGGCCCAACAUGGCCAGCCUCUUUCACAUCCUGCAGACGGAUCACUGUGCCCAACCACACCCACGAGCUGACUUCAACAGGAGACGCACCAAUGAACCACAGAAGCUGAAAGUUCUCUUCAGGAACCUCCGAGGUGAGGUGACCUCUCCCUCUCACAUCAAACGCACCUCGCCAGAGAGUGCAUGACCAGGGAGAGGUGUUCACAACCUCACCAAACUAGUGUCAUUUAAGGGUGUUCACACACCAACUUUGAGUGUACUGUGCCUGGUUUGAUUUUUUUUUUUUAAGUAGUUCCUAUUUUCUAGCCCCCUUAAAGAAAAAUUGCAUGAAACUAGGCUUCUGUAACCAAUAUCCCAACAUUCCUCGAUGGCAGCAUUCCCACCAGCAGAAUGUGUGUGAUCUUUCUGCCUCUCCUCAGGAGAAAAAAACAACCCUCUUUUAUCACUUCCCUCUACCAUGUCUUUUCCCAGCUUCCCUCAAAACUACUCUCAAACACAAAACGUUCAUGUAAUCCCCCUGUCCUUGUAAUUUGAAGAUGUGGAGCCCUUUAGAAUGGUUGCCCCAGUAGAGUUAGCUGAUAAGAAGCAACUUAAUUUAAAUGCAUGUCUUAAAUGCUCAUAAAGAUGUAAAAUGGAAUUCGUGUUAUGAAUCUGUGCUGGCCAUGGACGAAUAUGAAUGUCAUGUUUGAAUUCUUGAUCUCUCGUGAACUAGUGUCUUAUGGUCUUGAUCCUCCAAUGUCUAACUUCCUUUCCAAUACAUUUACCAAAUUGCUCAAGCCUGGCUCUCCAACCAGGCUCUGGGCCUGCCUCUUCUUGCAUCUAAUGAAAAACAAAAAGCUAACAUCUUUAUGUACUGUAACUGCUCAGAGCUUUAAAGUAUCUUUAACAAUUGUCUUAAAAACCAGAGAAUCUUAAGGUCUAACUGUGGAAUAUAAAUAGCUGAAAACUAAUGUACUGUACAUAAAUUUCCAGAGGACUCUGCUUAAACAAAGCAGUAUAUAAUAACUUUAUUGCAUAUAGAUUUAGUUUUGUAACUUAGCUUUAUUUUUCUUUUCCUGGGAAUGGAAUAACUAUCUCACUUCCAGAUAUCCACAUAAAUGCUCCUUGUGGCCUUUUUUAUAACUAAGGGGGUAGAAGUAGUUUUUGUCAACAUCAAAACUUAAGAUGGGCCUGUAAGUGAUAGGAAAAACCCACAGGUUUAUCUGAAGGACCCCAGGUAAGAUGUUAAUCUCCCAGCCCACCUCAACCCAGAGGCUACUCUUGACUUAGACCUAUCCUGAAACAGCUCUGUCACAUCCACCUGGGAAUGACAGGAACCAAAAAGAGCAUCCCAUUGGCUUGGACCACUAUGAGUGUGAGAAGGCCUACUCUACCUUGGGGUGUGGCAGUUCUUUUCUCACCACCUUUCAUCAGUGCCUAGUACUCGGGCAGACUGUUGCUGAGGUGGGAGACUUUCCAUGAAAUUGAUCAGGAAUGAGUCAAUGAGCCUUUGGGUAUUCAGUUCGGGGGACUUGGAGCUGAGGGGGUAUAAAUAGCCCUGGGCUGUCCUGUCCAGCCUUAAUAGACUCCUCUUACCUUUUUGUCCUGUAGCACGCUGCCUGCCAAAGUAGUCCUGGCAGCUUGGCUAUCUCUGUAGGAUUGCCAAUAAAUAAAUAAAUAAAUAAGUAAAAGAGAGAGAGAAAGAGAAUAAAAAGGAGCUGGUGGUUGGAUCGUUUCUGCCAUGAUGUUUACAAGAUGGCGACCACCAAAGCCAAAUGAUUAACCUAUCUAUGAACAACAGUAGUUUCUCAGGGUCACUGUCCUUGAACCUAACAGUCCCUUACAAAUGUCACUGCCCACCAAAGGUCAAUGUCGAGAGAGAGGAGGAGGGUGGACGGGUAGGACUGUAAGGGCCACUCCAUACUCGCUUAGGUAGAAACUAUUGGUGCUUGACUCUCACCAGGCUAAACUCAAGAUUUGACCAAAUCAAGUGAUAAGGAUCCUGGUGGGAGAAGGGAGGGAACAUCUCCAGGAAAAUGAAAAGCAAUACAACUUUACCAUAAAGCCUUUAAAACCAGUAACGUGCUGCUCAAGGACCAAGAACGACUGCAGCAGACCCAGCAGCAGCAGCACAAGCAUUGCUGCCUUUGUCCCCACACAGCCUCUAAGCGUGCUGACAUCAGAUUGUUAAGAGCAUUUUUAUACUCAGAACUGCCCUAUCCCCAGGUCCCCAAACAUAUGGACACUGCCUUAGCCUCUUGGAAAUCAGGUAGACCAUACUCUAAGUUGACUCUCCCCCUCCCACCCUCCCAUGCCCCCUAACCCCAGGCAACACUGACUUCUCCAAAACAGAAAAGCUAUUAAAGUGUGUGUGUUGUGUCCAUUUCGCAAACCCACCAAACCAGGACCCCAAUGCGACAAGUAGUAUAUGAGUAUUCCUAGCAGAAUUCUCUCUUCAGUCCAGUACAUUCUCUCUCUUUUUUUUUUUUUUUUUUGCUGUGACCUCUUCACACCGUGGUACCCACCCCCUUUUCUCCCCACAGUAAUAUUUAUAUAUGUAUUUAUAAUACAUAUAUCUACACAUCCAGAAAGAAGCAGUUCUCACAAUGUUGCUAGUUUUUUGCUUCUCUUUCCCCAUCCCGGUCCCCCUGGCUUUCCCUGAAACCUCCCCAGUUUCAUCCUGUGUUUCCUGCAGAGUGAUUCGGGCUGACCUAGACCAGUUUGCAUGAUUCUUCUAUUGUGAUUUGGUUGCACUUUAGACAUUUUUGUGCCAUUAUAUUUGCAUUAUGUAUUUAUAAUUUAAAUGAUAUUUAGGUUUUCAGCUGAGUACUGGAAUAAACAGUGAGCAUAUCUGGUAUAUGUCAUUAUUUAUUGUUAAAUUACAUUUUUAAGCUCCAUGUGCAUAUAAAGGUUAUGAAACAUAUCAUGGUAAUGACAGAUGCAAGUUAUUUUAUUUGCUUAUUUUUAUAAUUAAAGAUGCCAUAGCAUAAUAUGAAACCUUUGGUGAAUUCCUUCAAAGAUAAAAAAUAAUAAUAAAGUGUUACGUUUCAUUGUU